UUCCUUAAACUCUGCAAGCGCACGUUAGCCUGCUCUUUCUUCCUCUCUGUAUUUUACUUCCCUGUUUUCAUGUACAGUGUAAAAAGCCUCACUGCCAGCUAUUUAUUCUCGAAAUAUCGCAUUAUACAGGCGAAACUAGCCAUUCACAAUGACUCAUCUGCUACCUGAGGACAUUAAGAACAUUAUAACAGAAUUGGAAGCUUAUCUAUGUGAUGUCUUAAAAGGAGAAGCUUUAUCAAAAAAGGCAAAGGAUAAGAAAGAUGUUCUCAUAAAGAAGAUAAAGGACAUUAAAUUUAACUACCCACAAGAAUUCCAUGAUAAAGGAGACUCAGACGAUGUGGAAGAGUUGGAAGUGUUUCCUCGCCCCCCUGACACAUCAUCUCUUGCCUCAGAUCGAGAUGAGGAGCAGCCUUCUGAAGGAAAUCUGCAUCCACCAGUUGCUGCUCAGGAUCUGGAAGUUACAAAGGCAGGUUAUCUUGAGAAGCGAAGAAAAGAUCACAGCUUUUUUGCAUUAGAAUGGCAAAAGCGCUGGUGUGUGCUAAGUUACACCACCUUUUACUACUAUGGCAGUGACAAAGACAAACAGCAGAAAGGUGAAUUUUCUCUGGAAGGGUACAGUGCCAGGAUAAAUAAUACGCUACGCAAGGAUGGAAAGAAAGAUUGCUGUUUUGAAAUCUACGCGCUUGAUAAACGCGUCUAUCAGUUUGCUGCUGCAACCCCCAAGGAGGCAGAAGAGUGGGUACAUGCAAUUCAAGCAGAUGGGGAAACGUAUGAUGAUGUGACCCAGCCAUCUCUUAUUGAUGAUGACCAUGAAGAUAUUUAUGAAGAACUCCCAGAGGAAAGUAACGAUUCCUUGAACGUACCUGAGAUACCGAAGCCUCUGAAGACCAUAAGCCCAGCUCUUUCAAGCAAUGCUCCAGGAAAAGAGACCGACUAUACAAAUUACUACAGAGGACUAUGGGACUGCACAGGGAACCAUCCUGAUGAAUUGUCCUUUAAGCACAGUGACGUCAUAUAUAUUCUCAAUAGGGACUACAAUAGAUAUGGCUGGUGGGUAGGAGAAAUGAAGGGAUCCAUUGGCCUGGUGCCUAAAGCGUACAUAAUGGAGAUGUAUGAUAUUUGAGAGGCCUGGGACUCGUCCUUUAUUACAAGCACCGAGAAGAUGGCGCAAUAGCGGAAUAUUUCAUAUGUUAUGUGGCGUUAUCGUGUUUAUGAGCUUUUUACAAAUAUAGGUUAUAUGCUUAAACAUUGUGGCAUGCCGGAUAUCGCUAUUUAAUAGUGUGCUACUUCUAUUUCUACACACCAAGAAAUAAAAAAUAAA